AUGUCGGAGUCAGACUACUUUUCGUCCGAUGAUGAAGGAGCUCGCACGACCAUCAGUGCUCCAGCAGCACAUAGGCCGAUUGGCGGUGCGAUGCCACAGCCAGAGAAGCGGCAGCCCCGCGCCACACGCUCAUUUGCGGCGCUGCGCAAUACAUACCUAGACACGGCUGGCCCCGAGGAAGACAUGCCAGAGACACCCGAGGAGAAUCAAGCUGACCAAAGAGAGAAGGAGGCGGAAGAAGAAACGGAUGCUGGUGAGAGCACGUCGAAAAAGUCGCGGCUCUCUGCCACCGCGCCACCCCACACGCCGGCGUCUUUGCUGCGGCAGACGAUGGCUACAGCAUCUUCCAAGCGUACGCGCGUGGGCCCAUCACUUGUGCCGAUGGCGCCCAAACUGCCCAAAACGCAUACAGAAAAGGAGUCACAGCCUCGCCUCAUUGUGGUGCUAGAGCAGGCGUGCCUCGAGACGUACAAAGCGUCUAGCGGCAGUGCUACGCAUGCACGAGGCAAUAAGGAAGCCGGCGAAAAGUAUGCGCUACUGAACUGUGACGACCACCAGAAGGUGCUGGCCAAGAUGGGCCGCGAUAUUUCGGAAGCACGCCCUGACAUUACGCAUCAGUGCCUGCUCACGCUGCUGGACUCACCGCUGAACAAGGCUGGCCUCCUGCAGGUGUACAUCCACACGUCGAAGGGCGUGUUGAUCGAGGUCAACCCACAGGUGCGUAUUCCACGGACGUUCAAGCGCUUCAGCGGUCUCAUGGUGCAGCUGCUGCACCGGCUCAGCAUCCGCUCGAUCAAGGGCUCAGAGAAGCUGCUCCGUGUGAUCAAGAACCCCGUGACGGAUUAUUUCCCCGCCAACACACACAAGAUCACUCUGUCGUACAAUGCGCCUGUGCAGCGUCUGUCUUCAUACCUCGCCACCAUACCAUCUGAUCGCAAUAUUGCCGUGUUUGUGGGUGCCAUGGCACAUGGCGAGGACAACUUCGCCGACGAAUUUGUGGAUGAAAAGAUCUCCAUCAGCGAGUACAGCCUGAGUGCCAGUGUUGCCUGCGGCAAGUUUUGCUGCAGUCUCGAGGAUCUCUGGGGUAUUGUGUAG